UAUGCAUCACAUCAUAUACAAAAACAACCUUACUCACCUAAAGCCGUCUGUACCCCCUCCCCCCAAUCCUUCAGCUCUCCAAGAUUAAUCUUUUCUCAGUGAUUCAUCUAGGGUUUUCUCCCCGUCUGUUUCAAGAUGUUUACCGCACUAAGGAAAAUACAAAAGGAGAAGGGUGUUAACCCAACUGAUUUUGAGGAGUCGGUUGCUCAGGCGUUUUUCGACCUCGAGAAUACCAACAAGGAUCUUCAAAGUGAAUUGAAGGAUCUCUACAUCAAUUCUGCUGUUCAGGUUGACAUUUCCAACAAUCGCAAGGCUGUUAUCAUCCAUGUCCCGUACAGAUUAAGGAAAUCUUUCCGCAAAAUUCACAACCGGUUGGUGAGGGAGCUUGAAAAGAAGUUCAGCGGCAAGGAUGUUGUUGUAAUUGCCUCUAGAAGGAUUGUGAGGCCACCAAAGAAGGGUUCCGCAGUCAAGAGGCCCAGAUCUCGUACUCUCACCUCCGUUCACGAGAACAUUCUCGAGGAUCUUGUUCAACCCGCUGAAAUUGUAGGAAAACGUUGCAGAUACCGUCUUGAUGGUUCAAAGGUUAUGAAGGUUUUCUUGGACCCGAAAGCUAAGAACGACACGGAAUACAAGCUCGAGACAUUCUCUGGGGUUUACAGGAAGCUUUGCGGAAAGGAUGUAGUUUUUGAAUACCCGAUGACCGAAGCCUAAACUAGCAUUUAGAAUGUCAUUGGAGUUUUGUUGUGCUUCAUUUCACAAAAACCAUGUCUAUUUCUUUUUUUAUGAUAGUUUUGUUCUUGAGCUUGAAUUUCAUUGUUAAGUAGGAUAAACAAAAAUACACUUAUGUGUCUUUUUUGCUGCCGGAGAUUUUGAGUUUUGAAAGGUCCUUCUAUGUUUACUUGAUCUCUUAA